UUUAUUGUUUAUCUUGGACUAGUUAGUUUACAAAUACACAGGAUGCGAAGCUAGUGAUCCGGAAACUAGUGAUUCGAGUAGGAUAAUGUACAUAAUUCGAUGAUGAGUUGGACACCGGCCAGAGAUAGGGAGAAGUAUGGCGUGGCCAUCUAUAACUUCAGUGGUAUUAAUGAUUCCUGUAUCACACUUAAUGUUGGUGACACCGUUCAAAUCCUGGAAGAGUUGGGAGGAUGGUUCUUUGGGUAUGCACAUUACAACAAGGCUCUCCGAGGCGUAUUUCCAAAGGCAUUUAUACAGAUUCGAGAAUGUGUUGUUGACAAAACUGGCCCAGUUGAGGUAGUUACUGCUCGCCUCCCACACAUCGUUCAGGAAGUAACGGCUGUGCUACGAGAAUGGGGAGUUUUAUUACGAAAGCUUUAUUUGGAGAGAAGCAAGGAUUUCAAACUGUUACGGGACACUAUGAAAGAGCUUAUAGCUUUACGCAGCAGGGUGUUGUCUGGCCAGUUGCCUGGAGAUGAACUCAAGCAACUAAAGCACCGCAUUACACAUGGAAUUGAUCAAGUCAAUGCACAGCUGGGGCUUGAUUUAGUAGUGCGAGAUGAAAGUGGAAACAUCCUCAAACAUGAUAUUACCUCAGCAGUCAAACUCUUCCGACAUCAUGAUGAAGCUGCAGAACGACUUCGCAAGCAUGAAUCGGCUAGUGCACGGGCAUCAUCUCUGCGACGAAGACCACACUUAGCAUGGACAGCCCUUGUGUCAAUAAAAAAUAUUAUAAUUAAAGUUCCUGAGCCUUCUGAGAUCUCACUUGGGUUGUACACUGGAGAUCCUCGCGAAGGUAGAGAAAAGCCGCUAACUGAAGCAUUCAUCAUCCCUUGGACUGACGAUGGAUAUAAUAGCCAUCCAGAUCUGCUGAUCAAGUUGAAGUGUCUUUUUACAGACUUGAGCACAGUGGCUUUAGAUGAAAAUAAUCUGUGGUUGAUAGGUUCAGUUAUUCGUCUGGGCUCCAUGGCUAGUAAAGAAGUAGAUCCUCGUAGAAUCUCAUCGGUAUCGUGCAAGAGAACUACCUCCAAUGACUCAAUGCGAAGACCUUUUGGUGUUGUAUUGAUGGAUAUCACACCCCUCAUCAAGCAACAAAGAGGCAUUGCUAAGUCAGCUAAUGACGGACAGGAAGAUAUACACCACUUUGCUGUAUUCCACCCAUGCGGUGAAAAAGAAACUCUGGAUCUGAAGAAACUACUGUCGCGUAGUGAUACAGUACGAGAUAACAAGACAGGCUUCCAAGGAAUCAGGUUUACAUUUCAGCUUGUUAAUGGAGAUAUAAAACAGCUUCAAGAGGACAACUCACAUUAUGUUGCUCUUCGGGAUGUUCCUGUAUCUCUUCGUUUGGGUCUGUCUGAUGUAAUUAUGCCUGGAGAUGUACGCAAUGACCUGUACAUAACAAUUUUGGCAGGAGAAUUUGCAAGAGGAGCUAAAACUUGUGACCGCAAUGUUGAAGUAACUGUUCGAAUUUGUGAUGAGAAAGGGAAUAUGAUACCGGGUGUUAUACACCAAGGGUGUGGCAAAGGACCUCUUGAUGAAUACCGUUCAGUGACAUACCAUCACGAAGGCAAGCCAAGAUGGGCAGAAACAUUCAAGAUUGCUCUACCCAUUGAAGAAUUUAAGAAGGCUCAUGUCAAGUUUACUUUCAGACACAGAUCUACCAAUGAUUUGAAGGAUAAAAAUGAGAAGCCAUUUGCGUUGUCUUUCGUGAAAUUGAUGCAAAAUAAUGGGACGACAUUACUUAACACAGAACAUGAACUGAUUGUUUAUAAGAUUGAUGGAAAGAAAUGGAACGAUAAUGACAAUAAUUAUCUCAAUCUACCCUGGCAACGAGUUGAUGGUGAAGAAAUUGUGAAAUCAUGGAAUCAUGGUGUUGCCCCCUCACUGAAGGACAGCUUCACAAUUUCCACCACCUUCUGCUCAACAAAACUCACACAAAAUGCUGAACUUCUUCGCUUGUUGGAGUGGGGUUGGAGUGGCUCUCAAAAUAGAGACACGCUGGAGUCGUGUCUUCAAGGACUUCGCCAUGUGCCCCCAGAGGAGCUGAUGGUUUUCCUGCAGGACACUCUGGAUGUGCUUCUAGAAAUCCUCAUGAACAACUCUACAGAUGAUGACAGUGACAAUAAAGUGUUCGAAGCUUUGAUAUACGUCAUAACAAUUGCAACAGACAAAAACAAACAUGAAGCAUUCCAGCCAGUUCUUGACACGUACAUCCAACAAAACUUCCAUGCUACCCUUGCAUACAAUAAGUUGAUCCAUGUCCUAAAAUACUAUGUAGAAGAGGGUCAGAACACAGAUCUACAGGAGACCUUGAAGAAAGCAAUGAAGUGCCUUCAGUAUGUUUUCAAAUUUAUUAUACGUUCCAGGCAACUUUUUGUUGAAUUAUAUGGUAGAGGGCAGGAAGAAUUUGAGAAGAGUCUGCAGAAGGUGUUGGAAGCAAUGGCCUCUAUGAUGAAGCACACUUUGGACACCACUCUCACCGUGCAGGCUCAUUGUCUCAAGUACAUUACUACAACCAUUCCUGACAUCAUAACCAAUUUUGAUCCUGUUACAAUGAGCUGCAUCCUUGUGAAGAUGAUCGAUAACCUUGAUCAGAAGCGCAUCCCAAAGCAAAAGUUGAUGACUGUGAAUGAAAUCGUUCACAGUGAACUCUUUAAGAUCCCAGACUGUCGACGAGUCUUGCUUCCAUCAUUCGUUAAUCACAUCCGGCGCCUCUUGGCUUCCAACGAGGAGAUGACAGAUUAUGAGGUUAUAAUGAGAAAGGAGAGAAAAAAGACGAAACUAAAAAAACUCCUGGAUCUGGACAACGCCGCUCAGUUGACUGAAGAUCGCACCAUGACAGAAGAGUUGGAUUUGUGCGUUAAAAUUCUGGGAGACAUUCUGGACGUGCUGUUUUCCAAGGAUGUGGGUGAUACUUCUGAAGACAUUAGUCUGCUCUCCACCAGACUACUUGAAGAUAUUCUCUCCACUGUGUUCAAGAUGACCCGAGAUGAGCCACUAAUUUGCAAGUUUGUGAGUGUACUGGUUGCCCUUUUUCGACAAAUGUCAAAAAAUCACUUCGAGAACUUCUUUUGCCAAUUUCAACACUCAGACCAGCUCUGCAACUUUCUCCUGGACUUACUCAUGGUGGUGGAAAACCUUGUAAAAGAUCCAGUGUUUCCUGCAGAUUGGGCAGAAAUGAUUCUUCUACAGAACAGUGUGAUUGUGAAGGUACUACGUCAGUGUUCACGAGUAAUUUCAGGAAGAGUCCUUGAACCUUUCAAUGAAGCUGUCUGGAGUAGCUUCUUUCAUUGUGCCAUCAAUUUCAUUACACAGCCUUCUUUGCAGCUAGAAGAUUUCACACAAAGCAAGAGAAAUAAAAUCCUUCAUCGAUAUGGUGAUAUGCGUCGAGAAACUGCCUUGGAGAUUAAGAGCCUGUGGUUCAGUUUAGGACAGCACAAGAUACGCUUUGUAGCCGGAUCGGAUAGUAAACUCUCGAUGGUUGGCCCAUUCCUCAAGAUGACAAUGUUGCCUGAUGUGGACCUUCGCAAAGCCACUAUACCUAUCUUCUUUGAUAUGAUGCAGUGUGAAUUCUAUUCUCUAAGAGAUCAAGGGAAAGACCUACCUCCAGACAUGGCUCGAAAUAACCAAAAGAUUAAAGGAAAGUUUAAUGAGUUUGAGAAUGAAAUGUUAGAAAAACUAGACCAGCUUGUAGAAAGUGGCAAUGGUGAUGAACAUUAUCGAGAGGUAUUCCAUAUCAUGAUUGGUGCACUCUGUGAAGGUCACCACACCAUGCAGGAAUCUGGUCACAAAUUAGUGCGCACUGUCACAAGGCUCAUGGAUCGACUCCUACAGUACCGUACUAUAAUGAACACUCCAGACAAUUCAGCAGAAACACGCAUGAGCUGUAUUGUUAACCUCUUGGACUUCUAUUCAGAAAUAAAUAGAAAAGAGCUUUACCUUCGGUAUGUGUACAAGCUGUCUGAGCUUCAUCUGGCAUGUGACAACUACACCGAGGCUGGAUACACACUACUACAGCAUGCCAACCUUUUACGUUGGUCUCCAGACCCCCUCUCUACAGCUCUCCGCUCGCCUCACUACCACACAAUUGAUCGCCAUGAUGAUUUGAAAGAGAGGCUAUAUGAGGAAAUCAUCAGCUACUUUGACAAAGGAAAGAUGUGGGAAGAUGCUCUCACUCUCUGCAAAGAAUUGGUGAAGCAUUAUGAGGAAGUUAUUAUAAAUUAUGUCAAGCUCUCUGAACUCCUAACCCGUAUGGCUGUGUUCUACAAAAAUAUUAUGAACCCUCAAAAUCUUCGUCCUGAGCCAGAGUAUUUCAGGGUUGCUUAUUAUGGACGAGGAUUCCCAGCUUUUCUUCAGAACAAGGUGUUUGUUUACCGUGGAAAUGGAUUUGAGCGUUUAGCAGACUUUACCUCCCGCAUUUUGGAUCAGUUUCCCAAUGCUGAGCUAAUGAAGAAGCUCACACCACCCAACUAUGAGGUUAAGGAGUCACCUCAGCAGUUCUUGCAAAUCAGUAAAGUUGAUUGUGCAAUGCAAGAGGAGAGAUUUUCCUCAUCAUCAGUCUCUGAGCAAAUUCGUAGCUAUUAUCGAGCAAACCAUGUCAAGAUCUUCACCUAUUCUCGACCAUUUCAUCGAGGACAGAAGGACUCUUCAAACGAGUUUGCCACACUUUGCAUUGAGAAAACAACACUUCAAACCUCAUAUUCGUUGCCAGGAAUACUUCGGUGUUUCCCAGUAGUUAAGACCAAAUCAAUUGAACUGUCUCCAUUGGAGAAUGCCCUGGAAACUAUGGCCACUGCCAACACAGAAGUGUACGACCUGGCCAGACGGUAUGCUCAAGACACUACUUUGCCACUACAUCCACUAACAAGAAAGGUGUCAGGAAUGGUGGAUGCUGCUGUUAUGGGUGGCAUUGUUAACUAUGAAAAGGCAUUCUUAACCGAUGAGUACAUCGAGAGCCACCCUAAUGAUGCGGAGAAGUUAGAUGGUCUACGGCAUCUCAUUGCUUCCCAGGUACCACUGUUAGAAGCUGCUCUCUCCAUUCAUGAGUGUCGUGUAACAGAUCCCAUUGCUGGCUUGCAUGCUCAUAUGGUAGCAUCAUUUAAUAAACUGAAGGAACAAGUGCAAGAGAAGUAUGGAUUUGCUGAGAUGCCUGAAGAUCUGAGGAUUGUGGUGCGACCAUUGAGACUUCAGUCUCAGCUGAGCAUGGGCAAUGAGCCAUCAGCACGUUCUUCCCAUCUGUACAGCAGUCAUGAUAGUGUAGAAGCUGACGGCGGGGAGCAGGGGUCCCUGAGAGAGGAACCUCGCAAUGACAAGCCCCGCAUGAGCUUCACCCGUGGUCUGCAUGCUAUCUCUAGCCUCUCCUCUGAUAUUAUGUUUAUGGGAAUGUCGUUAUCAACUUCCCAGUCAUCCCUUUCAAGGUUAAGUACUUCAGGAAAGGGUUAUCCAGGAACAUUGCCUCGACAUCACAAGGUUUCUUCAAGCAUUGGCAAUGGGUCAUCUUCAAAAAGUGCCAAGAAAGAGAAAAGUUUCAGCCGGUUGCUGCGGCGUGAGAGCUUCUCUUCCCAGCGUGAGCCAUCAACACAGUGGUUUGAUCGGACAGACUCCCAGAUGAUGCCUCCUCAGCCAAUCUUCGAGUUAACUGAGCAGGUAACAGCUCCAGUGACACCUGAACGCCCUAAGAGAAUAGACUCAGACCGAGCAGGGUAUCUGUCACGGCCACGCUCUCUCACCAUGAGCUCAUCCCUGUCGGCAACUCCUUCACCAUCCAUGGGUUCCAGAGAGAGUCUUAUGAGCACACCAACCGGUUCAAUAUAUGAGGAGGAUGCCCCACCUCCGUUGCCUGUGAAGAUGCGUGAUCAGGAUUCGGACAGUGUUUCUUUCAGACUAAGUGCCAUGUCACUUCAAGCUGCUAAAUUUGUCUUCCCCUCGGAUAUACCACCUGAGCCGCCACAGAAGCCUCCACGGCCUGACAAGAAUCACAAUCAUGAGGAUCCACCCAAGUUAUGAAAAUACAAACAUCUCAUGGAACCAAACUAAGAAGAUGACAAUAGAGUUUAAAAAAUGUCUCUGGGUAUGUGAUAGAGUGAGUCAGUAAAUGAGUACGAGUUGAACCACAUGGUAGGCCCUAAUAGUUGAAAGGAAAAUUUAAUGAUGUUUAUUUAUGUAUGAAAGAGUAAAGAAAGAUUAUUAGAGAGAGUUUACACAAGUACUUGCUGGAAAGGCCAGUGGUGAAGCACUCUAGUUGGGCUACAUUACUUUUAAGACUACUUAUCACUGCCACUGUUACUGCUACAGUAUUUGUGAACAGCACGUUUUGUAGCAAGUUCUGAAUUUUGUUAUUUUGUUUUUAUGACGAAGGAAUGCCAGUAAAUAUAAAUUAGAAAUAUAAGCAAACUGACUAUAAUUUGGAAUUAUAUUUUGAUCAAAUAUUUACUAAGACAGUCAUUAUUAUACAUACAGAAAUAUGCAUGUAAUAUUGAUAUUAGCUCUGAAUUCCUGUUUCUACACAUCAAAAAUAAUUUUUUCUUGAAAUACACACAGACUUAUAUAUAAUUCAAGACUUAUAGUUUUCUAUUUCAUGCAGACUUUUAUACAAUCUCUCUUAUGGUUCUCUCAAUAGCUACCUUAACAAAAGCACUGGUACUGCCAAGUAUUAGUAAUUACACCAGACCUCUGAGAUCUGCUCCUAUUAACUGACAACCAUAACCAGAAUUUGGCUGCUUACAAAAUAAGUGAAGCCUGAAGACCAAAAAUCUACCUAAAACCAAGGGCAAAAGACACCAAAAAGAAUAGAUAAAACAAAAAUAUAACUGCUUGCAGGAAUGGUCGAACCCUGAUUUAAACAACGCAAAUUGCCACAUGUGAACAACACUAAGCUUGAUAGGGUCAAUCACAAAAGAUGGUGGCCCACUUCACCCUGGGUCCUGGCCAGGCAGCCACCUCACUUGCUUAGUGUUAGCCGAGGUCAUUUUGCUCUGCAUGGUCCAUUACGCUACAUUGUUUUCAGCCAAGUGGUAUGAUUAUCCAUGGAACAGUUGUCCUGAGGGCCUUUGCUUCCUUUGCUCCAUUUGUACUUCACAAUUAUGUUUUGUACCGCCACAUUGUGUGUGCCAUGGCCAUUAUUUUGCUGGCACUCUGAACUAGGAUUACUUUCCCUGAUAACCCUAGCUUGUGUUUUCCUUGCUCCAACAGUGGUACAUGCUCCUGAGGGGUUCAGGUUCCUUCUCUACAAGUUGGUUCCUCUUGAGUCACCUCGCUUCAUGGUAGCACAUUGGACUUGCUCUCCCCUGCAACACCUGUUGAUGGGAAUGUGAGCUAUUUGACUCUAGUCAGGUGGCCAAUACCUAGAGCAGUGGUUCCUAAGUAUCCUGAUCUUGCCAUUCUUUUGGGAAGUAGGAUCUUGGUAUGUUUCCUUGGUUUCCCCUGUCGAUUUCAGGUUCGUUCCCACAUUUUGACUGUAAUCUGUGGUCCCAGUUUUUGAGUUCAUUGAAUUAAGGAACUCCCCCUUUUCCCACUUUUGAAAAGAGAUUUUUUCCUCGUCAGUUCUCAGUUUGUGCAUUUGUAAAUGGUCAUCCUCCAGAGUUUCACAUGGCAGUGAGCAUACAACUUCUAAAUCUUAUUAGCAGGCUUAGAGCUCUCCCCAAGCUGUGGGAAGGGAGAGCCUUGCCUGCCUUGCCUUGCUCUUUUAGAUUUUUCUGGAACAUGACCCCCAAUCAGUUUACAACCAGGUCCACAAUUACUGCUGGGUGAGCUGCUAAGGAUUGAUGCCUAAUUGUCCUUCUCUGUCCAGGGCUUGAUCCUUGUCAAAAUCAUGAGCAAUCAGACCCUCUAAUCAGGUUGUCAGUUCAUGGGGCUGUUCCUAGAUAUCCUGGUUCCCUUGUCAUUCAUUUGGUGAAGUAAGUUCCGUUUUUUUUGCCCUCUGGGUCAGGGUUCUACUCCUCCAGAGGUGGUGUGCUUCCCCUUGGCUACCUUAUUACUUGGUAUUGAGGUUAACAUUUGGUUCCUGGUCUUUGGAUGUCUUGUUGUUUUCUCCCAAAAGUUUGUUUCAUGCUGGUGUCCUGAUCGUGGAGUCCUUUAGGGUCCUGUCUUGGGGUCAGGUCUGGUUAUCAGGGUAUUUCUUUCCUCACCCAUGGUAAUCAUUGCUGUUUCAUCCAAGUUAUAAUCUAAUCCAGUUCAUUCGUCAUGGGGACGGCUUCCCUCUUUCCACCAUCUCAUGCCAGUGGAUCCUUAUUUUGGCUGUUCUGGGUUGACCGGUGCUUGGCUGUGUUCUGCCUUUCCAUGGUGUGGGUAUCCUUCACUACUAGUACUUUGGCAGCAUUGCUUGCCUUUUUUUUAAUUACUACUGAUGUCUGGGCUCAAGGAUUUUGAACAGUCCAUCCAGAUGUUCCCAAGUGCCACACCUGUGUGGCACUCGGGUACUUGGCACACAGCUGUUGCUCCUGUAUGGUGGGCCUUAUUCUCCUGUCAUCCAUUACCACAGGCAAGCUCUUUACAACUUUUGUUACAACUAAUGAUGUGUUUCUUUUCUCAAAACCCCUUCUCCUCUAAAAAGGUAUCAUUGGGAGUAGGCUCAUGCAUCUACUGAGGAGGCCUUCCCAGAAACUGAAUGUAAUUAAACAAUUCUUAAUUGUGGGGCCCUCAGUAGAUCACCAUUUCCUUCUUUACCAUGGGAGAUUUUGAUGGUGGUCAGGUGCACGAGUGGUUUGGUUGGUUGCCCACAGCAACGACUGCUUACCUCAGGGUUCAUCUAUUCCUUAAAGUAAACACUUGUUUUGUUUUACUUAUGUUUUCUGGUGCAUUUUAUGUAGGUCUUGGGUAGAUCUCUGAUCAUGUGGCUACCCCUCACAUCAUAGGGUGAAACCAGUUCUGGUCUUGGCUAAUUAAUGAUAGGCCAGCAUAGGUCACAGAGGCUUGGUACUUCCCUGUACCAGCACUUAAACUUGGAAAGCUACUGACACCCAACAGAAAAAGAUGUUUCAUUACAGUCAACACUUGAUUUUUACCUGCUGAGCUGGUGUUGGGAAUAGAAGGAUGACAUGAAAGCCAAGUUCAAUUAGCUAAAGGGCAUUUUUGGGAGUGUUGAAAAUGCCAAAAGAAUUUCCGAGCUGCCAGUUUGAAUUCUCAUAUUAUAUUACUGGCAGUUUAGUUUCGUUCAUUUAUUAUGUACCCCAUAUCCAUCUUGUGGGCAGUAGUGGAAAUGGUUACAGAGGCACAUAAUGGGCUCAGGGACUGAACCAUAGUAUUUCAAAUAAACAUCAUUGAUUCUGGAUAUCCACCUCUGUUAGUAGGAGGCUGCAAUUUUGCCCCCUUAUUUUACAUGUACUGUAUUCUUUAUCAGUUACAGGGUGUUUUGAAUAUCUUAAUAAGAAACUUAAGUUUUUUAUUCAGUAUUUCAUCAUUUUGAUGUUCAAGAUUAGUUUAUGUAUUUAAGAUGAAUAUUAUUUUAUGCAUACUAUUCCAGAAAAUGAAUACUGUAUCAUAUUAAUGAUCUGUAUGUAAAGAAUGAUUUUCUUAUUUAUUAAGUUAUAAAUAUCAUCUUUACAAUAACCAAGUUAAUUUAGCUAUUUCCAGUCCAUAUCAGUUGUAUUAAUUUAAGUUACAUCACUCAUCACUCAUAGCCACAUCUUUAACUAUGUAAAUAUCUUCAGUAUUAUUCAGUAGUAAGGGAUUAACUUAGUUAAUUGCUCUGCAGUAAUAAAGACCUCCAUACCUUGACCUUGAGGUGCUUUCGGGGCUUAGCGUCCCCGCGGCCCGGUCGUCCAUUGUCAGUUGUUCAAAAAAUUGGUGGGCACAAAACUUGGCACUGUACUGUAGUGGUAAUGUUUGAGUGCAUGCCUGCCGUUGCUGGUGCCUGGAGACAAAUUCCUUAUUUUUCACUUCUUUUGGUAUUUGCAUACUAGCAUUAGGAACAAGUAUAAAUUACACUUCAUCACAUUCUUUGAUCUGCUGUUUUACAAUUGUAACUCAAGAUAAUUAACUCAGGAUACUUAAGUUUCUAUUUGUUCAUCAUAAAACUGAGUAAAGGAAGAAUUGAAAAUUUGUAAAUUAUUGCAAAGUUUGUUUACCUUACCUAAGCUUUUCAUUCAGAAUGUCAAUACAGUACGUACUUCAAAUUAGUAAUAUAGAGGCUUAACUUUUCUUGAAAUAAACUCUUAACACUUUAGGAUCUUUUCUGAUUAAAUUCAAGAAAUAUUAUGAAAGUGCAGUAUAAUUGAACAUGAAUUUACAUUAUUUAUAAAUAUAAAAGAAGCUUAAUUGUUUGUAAUGAUUCAUAUUAUCACUUAGAUGAUUACAUAAAAUAAAUCAAAGAAUGAAGGUCAAACCAUUUUUGUGAAGUUAUAUACAGUAUUACAUCCUGUAUUUAUAAUAUUCAAAGGAGAAAGUUUUUUUAAUACCGAGUGAAAAACUUCUUUUAAUUUAUUUUACAUAUUAUCACAUAAUUUCCUAAUUAAAUUCUUGCUUUUGCCUGAUUAGGAUUUGCUAUUUCUUCUAACUUUUAUAUUUAAGCUGUAAUGGUAUGUUUCAUCUGCUGCUGUAAUAGAAGCUUUAUGUAGUAAUGCUUUUUGAAAAACAUUUGUUAAAUCAUUUACAGAUUCAUUACAAAAUGUCACAAAUAUAACUACUUAAUUAUACAUUUUGAAGGAAGAUAAUGGGUUUGGGACAAAAAUAGUUAUAAACUUGGGGCUGAUAAUGAUAAAGGGUAUAGUGAAGCUGAUGGUGUGGCUGGUGGUGCAGGAGUGGGGCUGAUGGUGGAGCUGAUGGUGUGGCUAGUGGUGUGGCUGGUGGUGAAGUUGAUGGUGUGGCUGGUGGUGCAGGAGUGGGGCUGAUGGUGAAGCUGAUGGUGGGGCUGGUGGUGCAGGAGUGGGGCUGAUGGUGGAGCUGAUGGUGUGGCUGGUGGUGUGGCUGGUGGUGAAGUUGAUGGUGUGGCUGGUGGUGCAGGAGUGGGGCUGAUGGUGAAGCUGAUGGUGGGGCUGGUGGGGCUGGUGGUGCAGGAGUGGGGCUGAUGGUGGAGCUGAUGGUGUGGCUGGUGGUGUGGCUGGUGGUGAAGUUGAUGGUGUGGCUGGUGGUGCAGGAGUGGAGCUGAUAGUGAAGCUGAUGGUGUGGCUGGUGGUGCAGGAGCUGGUAGUGCAGGAGUGGAGUUAAUGGUGUGUGUAAUAUAUACAUUUCUCAUUCAAGUUUAAGAACACUUAUGUAAUAUUUUAUUACAUUAAGUGAAAAAGUUGACUUUAAAAAUCUUGCCUCCUUGCUAAUUCACCCUCAGGAAAGUUAUUUACAAAAUAAUGUUGUGAGGUUUAAAUUUUGUAAAUGAGAAUUAAUGAUUAAGAGAUUUAAUGAAAGCUAUUUUUGGUAUUUCAUAUUAUGUACAGUACUGUAGAUGCUCAUUCUGCAUGAGUAUGUAGUACGUGAAUUUGGACAUACAUAUAUUUUUAUUAAGGCCAAAGUUCAUAUUGCACAGUGGUGGGUUUACCUGAUCACAAGUUGAAGCGUAAGAUUUGUACACCCAAGUUGUAGUUUUAGUGCACUGAGUACCACAUUCUGACUUCAUGACUCCUCACAGUUAUCUUGUGCUUUAUGCAAUUGUUAUAUUAAAUGCUUGCAUCAGUGCUUCACAUUUCAUUAUGUUCUGUAGUGUGACUAGGAAGUGGUAGAGUAUUAAAUAAUAAUGUUCAGGUAAAUAUAACAUUUACCUGAACAUUAUAUACCUAAAUAUUGAAGAAUAAAUUAAAAUGAAAUAAGAUUCCAUGAACUUUAGAAAAGCCGAUGGAACCUAACCCAGUUUUUACCGAAGCAAAUUAAGUUCAUUUUGAGCUAGAUUUUCCAAGAUUGUAACCUCACACAGAGCAUGGGUUGACUGUACAUUAAUGUAUAUUGUCUUUAGCAUAUUUACAUUUAUUGAAUGUUUUUGUUGCUGUAGUAUUAUUGGCAAGCUUAUAUUAUCAGACAAUUUUAAAAUCUUUUGCAAGCGUAUGAUCAUUUACAAUAUAGCUUCAGCACUGGUAAAUUUAUUGGCUAAUUAUUAAUAAUAGUAAAAUAAAUAUUAAGGCUUCAAUUUUAGGAAUGGAUACAGUGGCAGAAAUAAUUGUUUAAACUAGUUAAUGCUCACAAAGCUCCUCUGAACAUGUUUCAAUUUUUCUAAACACGUCUGAAUUUCUAUUAAAGCAUAUUUCACCUCUUAACCAUCCUUUUGUAUUUUUUAAAUCUGCCAAAGCUACUAAUUCUUUUUGUUGUUCAUGCAAUAUGAAUUAAUCUUUAUUAUAUAUAAAAGGUCUUUACUCAGAUAUAUGGUAACUGGCUAUUUUUCAAAGACUUGGAACUUGAUGUUCUACAGUCAAAAUAACAACAUAUUUAUUUACUUUCCAGAUCAGAAUGAAAAAUUCUACUUAGGUUCUAUUUCUAUCCAUUGUUGUCUACUUUAUUAGCUUUCAGCUUACAUGUAUCUGUAAUCUCUUCCAUCUUGACAAUGGCUAUAGUUGUAAUUCAUGGCAGACCUGCAUAUAUGAGCUAGGGGCUUCAGCCGUAUCUUCCCCAUCUUCAUUCAUUUGUUCUUUAUUUUUUAAUUGAAAUGUUCUUGACUUCCCCAUCAAAUCAACUGCUAUUCUAUUGUUCUUGGUAGAUAUUGUUUACAGUACAGUAUUUAAAAUUGGUUAUAAUUGAGAAUUUUUACUUAAUUUUUUUUUUACAAUUUACUUUAGAUAUUCAUAUGUACUGUAUUUAUUUUGUUGACCACUUUGUGGGGUUAAAUUCAUGUUUCUUUAAGCAAGUAUCACUUCCACAAAAACUGAAACAUAACAUGGUUCUACAUUUAAGCAAGUCAAGUCAUAAAUGUCUAAUGAUACUUAGCAUCUGGUUCACAUUCUUCAUCCACCUGCUGCACUUCUAUAAACUACUAGUUAAACCAGAUUGAAGGAAAUGGCAGAUGUAUCAGCACUUUCUCCAUAUAAUGACUUUGUAGGAUCAUCCUCUAGAUUAUAUAUAUAUCAAGCUAUUGUCUGAAAUUUUCCACCUUCCCAAAUGUGUCUACCAAGUCCACUUGAAUUUUGACAGCUGUAUUUUUGGGUAAGCUUUUUUGUCAUUUGAAUAAUGCAGCUGUAUUAUCAACAUCAAAGUAAGCAUUUCCAUUUUUCAUAAUUUAAUUAGAGAAAUGUUUGCUCAAUUCUCUCUCAUUGUAAUGAGAAACUCAUGAGCAGAAUAGAACAGUUUACACAAAAAUGAGAAAAGUUUAUUAAAAGGAUUAUCCAUUAACUAAAGCUAGAGGAAACAUACCAAGUGAAUUACUUAAAAGCUUCAGCUUAGUUCAUUUAUUAUGCACCCCAUACCCAUCCUGUGAGCAGUAGUGGACCCUAUACAUCUUAAGGGCAGUAAUAGACCCCAUACUCAUUCUGUGAGCAGCAGUAGAAAAGGUUACAGAGGCACAUAAUGGGCUCAGGAAUUAAAUGUCAUCCUAAAGUGCUUAAAAUACAAUUGCUGGAUUUGCAUUUGCACUUGGCCAUAUUUAUUUUCAUUAAUGAAGGUCAGCAAUAGGAAUAUUUCUUGUUUCUGCAUAUGUUCAUUAAUAUGUAAAUGUUGAAUGUUAAACAUAAGGAAUAGUUUUUCUAUUGUAUAUUAUUAUGUAGCUUUUGGUGUGUUAUAUGCAGAUUAAAUAUAAUAUUUCUUAUCCCAAAGUCACUUGUUAGCCGUCUUAAAAUCAUGCACAUACAUAUUCAUAUAAAGUAAAAUCACAAGUUCUAAGCCUUUCAAGUUUUGUGAUCAUGCAUUACUGUCACAAACAGUGUUAUUCUUUGUCUUAAUCAUUUAUUCAUUUAGUAAGCUGUGAUAUGACUUUUUAGUGUGGGUUAGUGUCAUUAGCUUAGCCAGAAAUGGGGAUAUAUGAACGGAGACUCAAUUGUCAUUCGACUAUUAACUUUCUAUAUUCCAGCAAAACGAAUAUCUUGGGUAUUUUAGCCAUCUUUAUGCUAUUUUGCAAAUAAUUAGCCUGGAUAGAAGAAACACAAUCAGUCUUCUUGUUUUUGUAGCAUGUACUGUACUAAAUUUGCAGGUUUGCUUUGCUUAUUUUUAUUUAUGAUUUACAAAAAAAAAAUCUAAUUUUGCAUGGAAAUGACCAGAUUUUUUAUUUUAUUUUAUUUUUAAGAAUAAGUACAAAGGCUAUGAAGCUGCACAAACUACAGAGUGCCAUAGAAUAUUUUUUAGGAGAGAGGAGGGUUUGUAUUUUUGUAUGGUGCUGUAUGACCAAAGGAAAUGUGUGUAUAUGUGGAACACAUAGCUGGUCGUGACUUUCAAGCAUGAAGGAUGGUAAUUGUACAUCAAUUGCUUCAUUAUUUCAGAUCGUAUUAAUCAGAAACGUUAUUAUACAUAAUGUUUGUCUCAGAUGUAUUGUUAUUAAGACAGAAAUUGUAUACAGAUGUAAGGAUGGGUUGUGAUGCCAAGAAUGUUUGUUUCUGGUUCAUCUGAUUUCUGGGUUAUGUAGGCAUUGAUGCUAAAAACCAGGUUCCUUCAGCCAGUGGCGAAUUAUGCUUAUGUUAAUGAUAUAUUUUAUAUUGUAUGUUUUGUUUAAAUCCUAUUUAUCACAUAUGGAUGUAGUGCUGUUUUGAUAUAGUUGUUUUAUUCAGUUUCUAUAUUAGACAUUUUGAAGAGAGGUGGUCCAGACAUUGUUUUUUAAAGUAAUUACAAAAAUAAGACAAUACUUAUAAUUUUCUUGAAAUAUUUUGAGAUUGAUUCACUGGAAUUAGAUAUUACACUGAUAAGUGUUGAUGCUGUGGAAAAGGAAAGACAGGUGCACAUUGUAAGUUGAGAGUCUCCACUGCAAAAGUUUAGUAAUUAACAUUGAAAGCCUUACCUUGGUGUCUAGUCACUCUAAAAUGCUUGCAAGUACAAGCUUACGUUCUGGUCAAAUUAAACUAGAUUUAAAUGUGCAAGAGUCAUUACAUAGAAUUAAGGGAACUAGAUAAAGCAGUGUCUAAUCUUCUCCAUAAGCGCCUCAUUGGCUUAUCAGUAGGCAACAUACUGCCAGUUUAAAGUUACACACACAUGCUUAUGUUGCUCGAGGUGAUCAACUUUAGUAUUCACGUCUUAUGGGGACUUUUUACCUCAUCAACACCAGAUACAAACUUCAGAUUGUAUUGUGUGAUUAUUACAGGAUUUGAAAAAUUAAUAAAUUUAUUAUAUAUAUAUAUAUAUAUAUAUAUAUAUAUAUAUAUAUAUAUAUAUAUAUAUAUAUAUUUAUAUAUAUUUAUAUAUAUUUAUAUAUAUUUUAAUGUGUUAAUAAUAAAGAUAAGAGUAAUUUUUUGUUUUCUUUUAAGUUAUUGUAAAUGACCUGGUCUUGACGUAAUCUUGUCUUUCAAAUAAUGGUACUGUACUUAUGCCUGUGAUGCAUGAAACAAUCAGAAUCUUAAGGUAAGAUAAAUGUGUUUGUCAGUGUUUGAGCUGGUCCAACUCUGUAUCUAUUAUAUAAUAAUAUACAUUAAAUCACAAAA